GUCCUUGUGUGCAUGCUACAUUGGGUUUUAAUAUAUUAGCCAAGAAAAAUGGCGACUUCGUUUGGGGAGGAGGAGUUUCUGGCAUGCUGUGGAAGUCGUGAAUUUGCGAAAGAAAUGGCAGCACUGGGAUUGCUUAGUUGUGAAGAAGCUGUCGAAGCUGCUCGGCUCAUCUGGUUUAACAAGGUUGGUGUAACUGGUUGGCUUGAAGCUUUUGGCUCUAAUCUCCUGAUUGGGCAAUCCCCAUCUUCUACUUAUCAGAGAACUCACCCUACCUGCGCUCAGUGGAGCAAGGGGGAGCAGUCGACUGCUCUAGCCACCACAACAGAUACGAUCUCACAGGAACUACAUGAAUGGAACAAUCGUUACAAGCAGAAGUUUGGAUUCAUUUUUAUAAUAUGCGCAACGGGAAGGAGUACGCCUGAAAUACUUGCUGAGCUCAAGAGACGUUACCCCAACAGGCCUAUUGUUGAGUUCGAGAUUGCUGCGCAGGAGCAAAUGAAAAUAACCGAACUUCGACUUAAGAAGCUCUAUUCACUUCCUCAUAUUGUUGCUUCAACUGCUAUAGAUACGUCCGGACCAGAGACUUGACACUGCACCUAAUUACUUAAUUAUGUGGUGGUGCUACAAAAAUGUCAACAAAUAAAAAAUGUGAAUCUCGAAAUCAUGCCAAUCGUAACAAAUAAAAAGCAGCAAACAUUUAUGUAAAUCUACGCUGUGGACAGAAACUCGAAAGUUAGGAGUCUGUAAUCAGGCUGAAUGUUACAAAUUAGUAAAUUACAAUGCAUGUAAAUUUUUGUGAGAUUCCAAAAAAAUAGUUGCAUACAUCAGGUACAUACUUGACCCCUUUUCGUUAACCGGAACAUUUGAGGAGUAUAUCUUAUGACGAGGUCAAAUCUCCAUAUUCCAGACUCAAAUCCUGCUAGCUCAACUUAGAUGACUAACUAAAUUUUGUUCAAUCUCAAGCUCUAUUUAAAAACGAGUCGAGUCAAGCUCACUUGCACCGG